AUGGAUAUCCAUCCACUCACAAUCAAAUUUAGCUACAAUGACCAUAAACGGCAAUACGAAAGAAGGCGGGCUUUCAACGUCCCUGAACUCAAGCGACUUGCAGCAACAUCAGUUCAUCGGAAGGCAGAAGAUGUCUCCACUCUCGAGAAGCUAGCUGAGGGAGGUUUCAAUCGAAGUUUCCUUGUCACCAUGAAUGAUGGCUUCCAACUUGUUGCACGUAUCCCUUACCCGGUCACUGAGCCAAAAUUCUUCGCCAUCGCGAGCGAAGUUGCCACGAUGGAUUUCCUCCGUUCUCAAGGUAUACCUGUUCCGAAGGUCGUCGGCUACUCUGCCAGUUCGGACAACGCUGCGGAAACAGAAUAUAUAUUCAUGGAGCUUGUGCAGGGAAACAAUUUAGGUGAUAUAUGGUUUGAAUUAUCGGAAAAGGAGAGGAUAAACUUGGUGUAUCAAAUUGUUCGGAUGGAAUCUCGACUCUUGUCCCUACGUUUUCCAGCAAGUGGGAGCCUCUAUUACAGCAAAGAUUUGCAAGAUAAAUCCAGCUGGAUUGACAUUCCAAGCACACAGUCUACCAGCAAGCGUCAUUUCUGUAUUGGUCCUGAUACAACGCUCGGGUUAUGGUAUGGCAAAAGAUGUGAUUUACCGGCUUCGCGUGGGCCAUCGGCCUUGACUGCCGGUGCCAAGAAAGAAAUCGCAUACCUCAUGAAGUUUGGGCAACCUCUGCAACCCCUUCAGCGUCUCCGUCGAGAGAUCUAUAACUACCAGACACAGUCGCAUUUUGAGCAUAUUGCGAGUCUGAAAAAAUAUCUGCAUAUGGCGCCUUAUCUCAUACCACAGAACAACUCAACCAUCACCCGUCCCGUUAUGCGCCAUCCUGACCUCCAGCCAAACAACAUAUUCGUCUCUGACAAACUGGAAGUCACUGGCCUGAUUGAUUGGCAACCCAGCGUUGUUCUUCCGCUUUUCCUACAAUGCGGAAUACCAAGAAGUAUACAAAACUAUAGCAACGAGGUCUCAGAAUCAUUGCAGAUCCCUCGUCUUCCAGACAACAUCAACGAUUUGAAAGAAAGAGAGCAAUUUGAACAAGUCGAGCUUCUACGCAGACGCCAACUCCAUCAUUCCUAUGUGAAUUUCACGGCAAAGUACAAUUCAGAGCAUUACGAUGCUUUAGAAUAUGACAUGAGUACUCUGAGACGACAGCUAUUCCACCACGCCAGUGCUCCUUGGGAAGGUGAUAAUGUGAGCCUCAGGGCUGAUUGA